AGGUGGUUGAACUGCCGGAAUUGGAAGGAAUAGUUGUUUUGAAUAUUAAUAGCUGGUGCGCUGGUGUCAAAAUGAUUUCUGGUAAUGAUGAAGAUGACCUACCCCCCGUGAGUUUUAGCGAUGGUAAACUUGAAGUCUGUGGUCUCUACUCGUCCUUUCAUAUCGCCAGAAUGCAUGUCAACCUGGCGGAUCCAUUAUUACUUGGUCAAGCCCAUGAAGUGAAGAUAACUGUGAAAGAAAAACGGAAGUUACCCAUGCAAAUUGACGGCGAGCCCUGGGAACAAGGGCCAAGUGUUGUCACGAUAUCUCAUCUCAAUCAAACGAUGAUGUUAACCAGUGAUAUACCCUUGUGAUGAA